AUGUCAUUUGAUGAUUCGAAACCGCUAAGUGUCUCAGUAUAUACAGACACAAUAAUUAUUUCAUCAAAUAGUUCAAGUGAUAUACAACAUAAGAAAAACGUUUUUAUAAACAGAAAAACACAACAAAUUACACAUGAAAAUAUCACAAUACAAAACAACCCACUUCAAGUUUUAAUAGCCGAAUGCAUUUAUGGGAUACACAAACUAUUUUCUGUGGAUUACUUAAUUGUUGUCACUCAAAAGAAGUUGGUUGCAACUAUUUUCACACACCAAAUAUUCAAAAUAGAAAAAUACGAAAUUGUACCUGUCACAGAACACUCAACAAAAACAGAGGCGUUGUAUCACCGAAAAGUUAUCAACAAAACGUUCUCAAGUAACAAUUUCUACUUCAGUUACACUUAUGAUUUGACACGACCGUAUUCGGACCAACACAACGACCCCGAUGAACUCUAUUUAUGGAACAAAAACAUGUUCACUGCUUUUCCAAGCAAAAAUUCAAUUGAAAAUUUGCUGUUUUUUCCGACCAUAUGUGGCUUUGUAGGAAAGUCCGAGUGUGCCAUUUCUGACACUUUAAACAAUAAAGUCGAGUUGAUUUUGAUCAGUCGGCGGUCAAAUCAACACGUUGGGCGGCGUUAUUACACGCGUGGAUCAGACGAAAAUGGGUAUUGUGCAAAUCAUGUUGAGACGGAACAGAUAGUCAUAGUGAACAAUAACAUCAGCAGUUAUAUUCAGUUGCGUGGGAGUAUCCCAUUGAAGUGGUCUCAAGUGCCCAAUUUCCAUUACAAGCCCGACAUCGCAAUAUGCAAAGAUGAGACUGCAAAUAUGGAAGUGAUGAGAAGGCACUUUGAAGACGUUUUAAAGAAGUACAACACCACAAGCGUCGUCUCUUUAGUUGAUAAGAAAGGCACUGAAUUUGAAUUGGGUAAAACAUAUGAAAAAAUUGUGAAUAAAAUGGCCAAUGAAAGUGUCACAAUUGAGUGCAUUGACUUCCACCAGAUGAUGAAGAAGAUGAACGAGUUACUCUCAUAUUUGGAGUGCGUUUUUCAAAGAGUAAAUUAUGGCUCUUAUGUUGCUACAAAUGAAGUUGUGAUGACAAAACAAAAAGGUGUUUUUAGAGUGAACUGCAUCGACUCCCUUGAUCGAACCAAUGUGUGCGAAAGUGUGUUUGGACGACUCACUGCACAGCAAUUUUUAAGAGAAGUCAAUGUCCUUCCAGAGUGCACUUCAUUGAUGAACAACAAAGAAUUCAAUUCAAUGUUUGUUAAGUUGUGGGCAGACAAUGGAGACUGUUUAUCGUGGGAAUACACAGGAACGGGUGCGCAAAAGGGGGACAUCACUCGAAAUGGAAAGAGAACGGUACAAGGAAGAAUCACUGAUUUUGUGCAUAGCUACACACGAUAUCUAUUCAACAACUUCUUUGAUGGAGAGACAGUCGACUGUCUGAAUACUUUUCUUGGAAAUUGUGAGGGGAGGUGUGUGGUGUAUGAAUUAAAUUGGACGCAGACGGGGAUGGUUGUUGGGCUGCUGUUUUCUGUACUCAUGUUUGUGGUAUCUAUAUGUUAUAGUUUGUUAUUUAGAAAAAUAGAAGUCCUUGUAUUUGCAAUUGUGGCAAUCAUUUUUGUGAGAGGAAUAUUUGAAAUUGGAUUUAUCAAAAUGAAGAAAGUCACUAUUCCACCAAAAGUAGUGAAAUUCCAAGACUUUGAAGAAGACAAGGAAAAAGGCGAUUAA